AUGAGGAGAGCCCUUCUUUCAAAGAAUAAACUCAAAUUUAUAGAUGGCGGGAUCACAAAGCCUCAAAGAAGUAAUAGUCUUUUUGAUUCUUGGGAAAGAAGUAACAUGAUGGUAUUAUCUUGGAUCACCAAGACACUUUCACCCCAAAUAGCUGAGAGCGUGAUUUAUGUGGAGAAUGCCCAAGAACUUUGGGAAGAAUUAAAAGAGAGAUUUUCAAAGGGGGAUCAUUUCAAGCUUUCAGACCUUCUUCAGGAAAUUCACUCUAUAAAACAAGGUGAACGAAGCAUAAAUCAAUACUUUACCGAUUUGAAGAUUUUGUGGGAGGAGUUGGAAUUUCUUAGGCCUAUUCCCAGUUGUAGCUGCAAAGUUCCUUGCAGUUGUGAUCUAUCUAAGGCCUCACAUAAAUAUAGGGACAUGGAGCACGUGAUAUGCUUUUUGAAAGGCUUGAACGAGUGUUAUAAUACUGUCAAGACUCAGAUAUUACUCAUGGAACCUUUGCCCAGCAUUAAUAAAGUGUUUUCACUUAUUAUACAACAAGAAAGGCAAGGAAAUUAUAAUCAAGGUGAUGGGAAGAUACUAGCCAACACCACUGACAAACAAAAUCAAUGGAAAACCAACCAGAAUUUGAGAACAUAUGGGCGUGGAAAUCCACCCAGAAACCAAGGAAGGGGAAGAGGAAGAAAUCCCAAUUAUGGGAAACAGUGUUCCCACUGCCAUAAGAUGAAUCAUACCAUUGAUGAGUGCUAUUCUAAGCAUGGGUUUCCACCAUGGUACAAGAAAAAUGACGGAAACUGUGAGACUGAUGCUGGACAAAGGGAAUGGGGUUCUACAAAUGCUUGCUCUGCCUCCUCAGGAACUCAAGCUAAUCAGCAAAAUGCUGUUCAGAAUCCAUUCACGCAUGAACAGAUGCAAAAGAUACUACAACUGCUGGACAAAGCUGAUAGCCCAUCACACAGUGUUAGUCAAAUACAGAAAGCCAACACAGAGGACACACAAGGUAUGACUUCUUGGAUCAUAGACACAUGGGCCACAGACCACGUGACCCAUGACAAAAGUCAGUUUACCACCUUUUAUAAAAUCAACCCCAUAUCUGUAAAACUACCUAAUAACUCUUUAGUUACUGCCCAGUAUGUAGGGACCAUCUAUUUCACUAAGGAAUUUGUGAUUUUUAAUGUUUUAUAUAUACCUGAAUUUAGUUUUAAUCUCAUAUCUGUUCAAAGUCUAACUAGAGACAUAAACUGCACCUUUACUUUUUCGUCUGAGAUGUGUGAAAUUCAGGACAAUGUUACAUUGAAGAUGAUUGGAUAUGCUAGUGUGUGCAAUGGACUCUACCACUUGCAGACUUUUGGAAGGAACCAUAUUUCUAGUUGUAUAUUUUCCUAUGAACAAGAAAGUGUUAGUCUAUGA